AUGGCUACUGCUGGUCCGCCAGUGUUCGCUGCAGACGCGCGCACGGCCAACUCGACACCCGCUACCGCGACUCCGCUGCCGAGCGACCCAGAGUCACCGCUCGUCGCGUCCACUCCCUCAUCGUCGCCCGCUUCUGCCUCGACAACAGCCGCAGCGGUCAAGUCAAGCGCGUCAGUCGGAGCAGCGAUGAGCAUCGAGCAAUAUGGCGCCGCGAACGGGCAGCUGAGCGCGUCGGUGGCGAGCAAGGCGGAUGUCAAGAUGGGAACGCUUCCUCCUCGCGAGACGGCCGUCGUCGGACCGUUCACGCUGCCUGGAACCGCUCAGUCGACGAGCAACGGAGUCGGUGGGGCGGACGGCAAGCGCGCGAGGAUUCCGACCGAGCAGACUACCGCCGACCCUUCGUCGUCAGUCGCUCCCGUCGCGAACGGCGGAGCGGACAAGGCGGAUGCCGUGCCGCCGAAGAAGAAGCGCAAGCCUGCCGUGCCGAAGGUCUACUGCCAUCAGGACCACUCGGCGCACGAGCUCAGGAAAGUGCUCCGCUGUACCGCGAUGAAGCCUGCGCCCAAGACGAAGGCGACGCCGGAGGGCGAGACCCCGAUGAAGCAGUGCUCGGCGAGCUACUGCGAGCGGUGUCUGUUGAAUCGGUACAACGAGAACAUGCAAGAACUCCUCUCCUCUGGCGCCUCCAAAACCUGGACCUGCCCCUCCUGCCGCGGGUUGUGCACCUGCGCCGCCUGCCGCAACAAGCGCGAGCCGAAGCCCGAGAAGGUCGUCGAGAAACCGAAGGAGAACGGGGUCGGGAUGCUGGGGGAGAUGGUGCCGUCAGGCGGGAGGUCGGCUGCUAAACUCGCAAGGUCUCGCCUGUCCGCGACGUUCACCGAGUCGGGCAUGCCUGCCGCCCAAUCGCUCACAAACGAUCACUCGUCGCCGUCGACGUCUACUUCCGCACCCAAGAAGCUCAAGAAGCUCAAGAAGCCACGCGAGAGCUCGCCCCUGAGCACGAGCGCGAGCAAGGGCAAGGGCAAGAUGGAGGAGAGCGCGAACGUCGAUGCGGCUGGCUUGUCCGACUCGGGCUUGUCGGACUUGACUGAGUCGGAUGCCGAGUCGUCGAGCAAGAAGAAGAAGAAGGGCGGGAAGCGAUCUGUCGGGAUGAGCAAGACUGGGUCGGGGAGCGGGUCCAUGGCGGCGGGAGCUGGCCCGAAACGCGCGAUGCCGCCCAAGAUACCUCCGCCGCUCAUCUCGCCGCCUCAGACACACCCUCUCUCGUCCGUCUACUACCCGUACCCGACUCUCCCCUGCGCCGACUCCAUCCUCUGCCGCCUGCACCUGCGCGAAUUCUUCCUCCGCUUCCUCCACCUCAUGCCCUCUCUCGCUCUGCCCUCCUCCUCCUCCAGCAAGUCGCCUUCACCGUACGUCGCGCGCGUCAUGUCCGCUCUCUCAGACGACAUCCUCUGGCUCUGGACGGACCACGAUUCCGCCGCCGAAGUCGCCCAACUCCGCCUCCUCGCCGGCCUCGUCGAACUCCUCCUUCGCGAUCGCUCCUGGGCGAUCCCGAAACUCCAGCGCGAGGAGCUGGUCGACCUGAAUGAGGAAGUGAAGGUUGCGAUUGCUGGAGUGCAGAGGCAGCAGGAGGUUUAUGAUCGGCCUUGGAGGACGGCGGGGAGGGCACUUGAGAAAGGUGUUGGGAAGCCUUGGGUGGGUCAAGGGCUCGAGUGGGAGAAGGAUGCGAAGGGGAGGAGGGAGGAGGUGGAGCGCGUGAUGAAGGAGAAGCAGAAGGAGAAGAUGAAGGUUGACGGGGACGAGGACAGCGAGUUGAGCAGCUUGAGUGGGUCGGAGAGCGACGAGGAGGAGGACGGGGACGCGUACGACGACGGCGCGUCGACGGCGACGACCGCGACGACUUCGACCAGCAAGCGCCGGAUGGUGAUCGACGACGGCGAAGAGAUCGACAUGCUCGCGUCGGACUACGAGGAGCCUCCUCGCGCGCCUUCGCCCUUGAGGAUGAAGAAGCGGCGGAAGCGCAAGGGCACCCGCGAGACGCCUGCCGAGGAGCGCCUCGCGCUCAUGUGCGGCCUGAUCGAGCUGGCGUGCCAGACCGAGCCCGUGCGGAACGACAUCCAGAACGGGCUCGACUCGCACUACCGCGUCAACAUCGACAUCAAGAAGGACCGGACGAGCGUGACGCGCGAGAUGGCGGACGAGGUGCGCGGAUUGAAGGAGAAGAAGGACGCGCUCGAGAAGCCGCCCGGUAACAACGCGUCUCUCAAGGUCCAGGAGUGGCAAGAGGAGGUGGACAAGGUUGAGGCCGAGAUCAAGGAGGCCGAGGUCAACGGAAUGAAGGAGGGAUGGCGCAUCCAGUACGAGUUCUUCCGCAACGACAUGGGCAACCGCAUCCGCUUCCAGAGCAUCGGCAAGGACGCGUUCGGCAACGAGUACUCUUUCGUGACGCCUCCGCCGUCGUCGCUCUUCAAGAACGUCUCGGCGGCCGCGUCUUCUGCCUUCCCGCUCAACCGCAAGCCCGAGGACGACGGCAAGCGCGACUACCCGCUCAGCUACUGCGUCGUCGUACAUGGCCUGCGCCCUGUCGGCCAGUCGGAGCGCAAGGACAUCAAGGGCAAGGCCAAGGCGGAGGAUGGCGACGAUGAGGAGGAGAACCCUAAGGCCGACGCUCCCGACGCUGCGCCUGCGACCGACGACUGGUACGUCGUCCGCGGCAUCGACGACCUCGACACGCUCGUCGACUGGGUCAACCUCGCCGUGCGACACGCCAAAUUCAACGUCGACUUUGCGCACUUCCAGCUCGAGCACCCGAAGACCAAGGUGCAGGGCCGGCCGGCGCCUCUUCCUACGCCCGAGCAGAUCAAGCUGUACGAGCAGCGCGCGGACGAGAUGGACUGGGACCUGGGCGACAAAUUGCGACAGUUUGCAGACGCGAUCAGGUGGACGAGGGAGCUUGCACUCGAGGAAAAGGAGGGCGCCGGGGUCAGUAGCCGCACGAGGAGGACGUCGCGGUAG